AUGCAUCGGGCUACAUUUGUUUCAUUUGCUCUGUUACUCGUUUGGUGCAUUGCAGUUGUUCAAGGUCAAUAUGAUGCUUCAAAAGCUUUAGGUGAACGGAUGCUCAAUAACCGAAAUUUUCACAUGCAUAGCCGACAAAAACAACAACUGCGUGCUCAUGCAGCAGCAAGUCGAUCGUUAAGUGAGAGAAAACGCUUUCACACAAGUCUUCGAAAACUCAACGAGGCUCUCCGACAAUUAGCGGGCGAUAAAUCAGAGGGUAUCAGCUACACACGCCCAAUCGAGAGUGCUACAUGUGGUCGAACACAAACGGCACCACAAUUUUCAGGACGUAUUGUUGGUGGUCAUGAAGCUACAGCUCACUCGUGGCCAUGGCAAGUCCUCUUAGAAGUUGGAGGAACUUGUGGAGGUACUUUGAUUAACGCAGAAUAUGUAUUGACAGCUGCUCAUUGUAUCGACCCCGAAGAUUUGUCAGCAAUAACUAUCACAGCAGGCAUGCAUAAUAUGGAACUAGAUGAAACCACCGAGACAACCCGACAAGUACGACAUGCUCAGCGAGUCACUGUGCAUCCCGACUAUAAUUUAGGCACGUUUAAAAAUGAUUUAGCCCUUGUUCGUCUAGCUGAGCCUGUUCAAUUCAAUGAAAAUGUUCAGCCUGCCUGCUUGCCUGGUCCUGAUCCUGAACCUGGUUCUGAAGUCGUCUUAAUUGGUUGGGGUGUAACAAGUACAGAUGGAAAAUCGUCGCCUGUAUUGAAACAAACGGAAGUUCAAGUUAUUGACCAUUGUGAUGAACAUUGGGCAGAUGUUGAUGAUGCAACGCAACUUUGCUUUAAAGACAAGACACUGACAUCGGCUACUUGUCAAGGCGAUAGUGGUGGUCCUGCACUUCAGGAACAUGAUGGACAGUGGGUAGUAGAAGGCGUAACCAGUUUCGGCCAUACAACAUGUGAAGUAAUUGAACAUGGUCUUCCGGAUGUUUAUACUCGAGUGUCUGCCUUCUUACCUUGGAUUAAUAGUGUCAUCGACCAAUAA